AUGAUACUCCCGAUAUUAUGCCUGACGGAUUCCGGAACGUUCCUCUGGCAACAAUUCAAAUUACCCCUAAUCGACUACAUCCCGUUUUUUGAAGAAUAUAUCUUUUUGACGGUCGCCAUCAGCAGCGCCGUUAGCCCCGUAAUUACAAUUUACUACGUGCAACCGUAUCGCCGGAAAAUCAUGGAAUGGAUAUAUUUUUGGCAGAAAGGCGACAAUAAGCUCGUCUACACAACAAGCAAUUUCAAGACCAUGGAGAUCACGGAGGGCUCAAAGAACUCGAAAUUCCUUCAACACGCUCGCUCAGCUUAUUAUUGGUGCAGCGGCGAUGAUGACCAUGACAAGUUCAACCAAAUCACCGGAGACUUCGAUCCCAUAGCGCUACGAAAUUUAUUGGCAGAAAGAAGACCUGAAUCGUUGCAUCCAGAUGAUUUUGGCGUGGCUAUCCCGAUAGGACAUCAAAAUAUCUAUGAAUUUCGGGUAUUUAUCCUAAUACUCGGUGUGACUGUACCGAUGUUUCCGAGCUACGCCAUUUCUUUAUAUUAUCGGAGGACAAUCCUGAAGAAAUUACACGAAAACGUUCAUAUGAGUAAACGUACUGUAGAAGCGCAGAAGAGUUUGUUAAAGGCUCUCACGAUCCAACUCGUGAUCCCCUGCAUAACCAUGGCCGAAUCGAGCUCAUAUUUGUGGAAGCAGUUCGAGCUACCCCUCUGCACCCAAGUACCUUACUUUGAAGAAUGGAUCUGGCUGUCGAUGUCGACGGUAAGGACAUUUUUUGGGACGAUGAAACUUCUA